AUGGCGCUCCAUAAACUUGACGACAGAAGGCGACACUGGAUUUGGUUUGUCCUGGCGAUGCUGAUCUGCCAAGAGUUCCCAAAUUUCCCGCUGGUGGUGGCGGCCAAGAAAGAGCGGAAGAAACCGAAGGAGCCUAACCAAUACACGGACGCUCUCAACGCAACAACUCUUUCCAACAGUGAAGAAUUGAACGGACACUCCAAGAUGCUAGAGUCCCCAGACCCGCCCAUCACCGAUCCACGCCGGACAUGGAUUUCGUUUGUACAGCGUCCGGGUGAAGGAAGCAACUCCAAAAAGAAAUGCAAAGGAAAAGAUAAAAAACUGCGUGGUCUUGCUGGUCCUCCAGGGCCCCCAGGUCCUCCAGGGCCCCCUGGUCUUCCUGGAGCUGAAGUCACCCAUGAGGUCUUAAUGCAAGAAUUUAAAGAAAUGUUAAAAGAAGCUACCGAACGGCGGGCAUCUCCAGUUCUCCCAUCCCAUCCCAGUGAGAUGCCUGUGAUGUUACUGCCUCUGGAGGAGAUAUCCCUCUACCGCCGAGUGGAGGAAGCCUUCCACUGCAAGCUCAAGGGCCAAAUCAUCGUGGACAAGAAAACUUUGAAGGAACUCCAGAACUUUCAGAUGCCUUUAGCCAAAGGAGCUUUUCUCCGAGGAUCUGGAUUAAACUUAACAACUGGCAGAUUUACAGCUUCAGUAUCUGGAAUUUAUCAGUUUUCAGCCAACGUCCAUGUAGAACAAUCUUUGGAGGUUAUCGCUGGGCUGGAAAGCAACAGUAAAGUUUUUACUGUUUAUGUUCAUGGAUUGCUCCAACUCCAGGCUGGACAAUACACCUCCAUCUUUGUGGACAACAGCGCUGGUGCCCCCGUUACCAUUCAGAAUGGAUCUGACUUUAUGGGCAUGUUUGUGGGUGUCUAA